GCAGGCUGCUCAGCACCACGACAGCUCCCCCCGGCCGCGGCGGCUGCCCCUGUGGAGGGCACUGGUGCCAGGAUGAAGGAUGCCUCGCCCCCUCUGUCGUGCAGCUGAGUGGUAGGAGCCCAGAUCAAAACAAAGGAGAGCGCCACAUAAAAGCCUAUAGCAGCCGGAGAGCAGUGCACAGGCGGGAGCAGCACAGACGGGGAGCUGGCGCUCUACUCUAUCACCAGGUCCAGCGGGGAGCCCACAGCAGCACCCACACAGCACCCUGCUCAAGGGACUAUGGACACAGAUGACCCCUUGUUACAAGAUGCUUGGUUUGAUGAUGAAGAUGAUGAAAUGUCCUUCAGGUCACCCAUAUGUAAUGCUUGCCAGUGGACUUCCAAGCCUUUAAAAGAUGCCAUGCCAACCUGUGAAUUUUGGAACAUAGUGGGAUGGAUAUUCACAAAUGUUUAUUGUGCCACCUUUCUGUUGGCUUUAGGAUGUAUGGUACCUAUGGUCCUUUCCAUCAUUAUGUUUGUACAUUACCCCACUCUUGAUAUUGACAUCUCCUAUAAUGCUUUUGAGAUUCGCAACCAUGAGUCCUCCCAGAGGUUUGAUGCGCUCACCCUUGCUCUGAAAUCCCAAUUUGGUACCUGGGGGAGAAACAGGAGGGAUGUUGCAGAUUUUACCUCCGAAACUUUGCAACGUUUAAUUUUUGAGCAGCUUCAACAGCUCCACCUGAAUACAUCUCAGGCUGAUAGCCCUAUAAGGGUAAAAAGGAACACUGAUUGGCACAAUACUACAGAGAGAACUAACUGUACAGCUACUGAAUCUUCAUUGUCCUUGACCUUUGCUAUGAACCAAUCCCGUCACCCUCGUGGAGCAUCAGUAAAGGAGUUUACAGGUGUAUAUGUGACUCCUAACACUCAGAGUCAUGCUCACUGGAGAAUUGAGCUUAUUUUCUUAGCCAAGGGAGAUGAGGAAAAUAACAUAUUUACAAAGGAACGUUUGAUGACUAUCCACAGGAUAGAGAGGAAAAUCAUGGAUCACCCUCACUUCCGGGAAUUUUGUUGGAAACCUCAUGAGGUUCUCAAAGACCUUCCUCUUGGAUCAUACUCAUACUGCUCACCUCCAAGUUCACUCCUCACUUAUUUCUUCCCCACAGAGAAAGGGGGAAAGAUCUACUAUGAUGGAAUGGGGCAAGACUUGGCUGAUGUGCAUGGAUCCCUAAAGUUGGCAAUGACCCAUCCUGAGUUCUACUGGUAUGUAGACGAGGGUCUCACAACAGAAAACCUGAAGAGUUCUCUUUUGCGAAGUGAAAUAUUAUUUGGGGCUCCUUUACCUAAUUACUACUCAGUGGAGGAUCGAUGGGAGGAGCAGCACAGGAAGUUCCAAAACUUUGUAAUCUCCUACAUAAGCAUCUUAUCUAAAGAAUCCACAAGUAAAGUGCUGGUGCUGUACGGGGGGACCGACCUGUUCGACUACGAAGUGAGAACGACAUUCAAUAAUGACAUGUUACUGGCCUUCAUCAGCAGCAGCUGUAUCGCUGUCCUAGUGUAUAUCCUCACAUCCUUCUCCGUGUUUCUCACCUUCUUUGGGAUUGCCAGUAUUGGCCUGAGUUGCCUUGUGGCCCUGUUCCUGUAUCAUGUGGCCUUUGGAAUACAGUAUCUUGGGAUCCUGAAUGGGGUGGCAGCUUUCGUUAUUGUUGGGAUUGGGGUGGACGAUGUGUUUGUUUUCAUAAACACCUACCGACAGGCAGAUCAGAUAAGAGACCCCCGCCAGCGGAUGAUCCACACUGUGCAGACGGCUGGAAAAGCCACAUUCUUCACCUCCCUCACUACAGCAUCGGCCUAUGCAGCCAACAUCUUCUCUCAGAUUCCUGCUGUUCACGACUUUGGUCUGUUCAUGUCACUCAUUGUCUCCUGUUGCUGGGUGGCUGUUCUGUUUAUUAUGCCAGCAGCACUGGGUAUAUGGGGAGCCUACAUCUCUCCGCUGGAGACAUCAUGUCAUUCAAAUUGCAGUGAAAGUUGCCUGAAGAAAGAUAGCUUGGACAUCCAUGAGGAUCUACUUUUAGGCCAGGACCCCUAUUCUCGGCCAGUCCCCGGCACAGUUCCAUACCUAGAUGAUGACAUUCCCCUCUUGAUGGUUGAAGAUGAUGCCGUGGCUUAUGAAUUCGGUGAUGUUCCUCUGGUCUCUGUGCGUCCGGAUAAUCUAAAACAGAAGACAGAUGCAGACAAAAGAGACCAAGUGAUACAAUGGUUCCAUGCCAUCCUGCAGCAUUGUGUCCUGUGGACGUCUGAUAAAGGCAGGCACAUUACUGUUGGUAUUUUUGUAGUGGUCCUCAUCCUCUCUAUAUCUUUUGCGUGCCAUCUUCAUCCAGCCAGCCGAGCCCCUGUGCUCUUUAGGCCUGAUACUAAUAUCCAGCUGCUCUUAGACCUCAAAUACAAUCUCAGCGCGGAAGGAAUAUCCUGCGUGACUUGCUCAGGUUUGUUUCAGGAGAAACCUCGGAGCCUUCAAAACAACAUUCGGACCUCAUCAGACAAGAAGAAAAGAGGUUCACUGUCAACAUGGAACAACAAGAUGACCAUCGGUGACAUUGGCCAUGAGGAUUUACAGAGAACAGUAUAUGUCACCAGAUGUAAAUGGGAAGGAAGGGCCACCAUUUACCGACUAUCCUUAAAUGCUUCCGCUAUACCCCCCUGGCAGUCUACCCUGCCUGGGGAUGAUGAGGUGACCUCAUUUAAGGUGUAUAAGAUUCCUUACGGUAACUACACCUGGAAGCUGACAGCUUGUAUGUCCACCAUAGGGCUGAAGACAGAAAUCUGUCCCAAGAAAUGGAUGAUCACCUCCUCAGGGUGCGACACACGGAGAGGAUGGAAAUUUGACUUCAGUUUCUAUGCUGCAGAUAAGGAGCAGUCCUAUGCAAGAAAGCUAUAUUUUACAUUGGUGCACAAAAACCCCACUCAUGGGAGAGUGUGCGCUUCUGCCUCCGGAUGUAUUGGAUCGGGGUCAGAUGUGUCAAACAGAGGAUUUUUCUAUGUACCCACUGAGAAAGGUGCUCCAAAGAAAUUGUCUCCAACAUUAAACUUCAAUCCUUGCUUGAACAUAGCCUGUGGAAAACCUGCAGUCCGUCCCCUUGUGGACACCGGGGCCAUGGUGUUUGUUGUCUUUGGAAUUCAAGGAGUAAAUCGGACUAGAGUCCCAGAUAAUCAUGUGCUGGGUGAACUGGGCAGGGUGAUCUACGAUGACAAGUUUGACCUCUUUAAAGAAAUCGGUAAUUUGUGCCGACUGUGCAAAGUAAUAGCCGGUAACAAAGACCUGGUGAAGCCAGGUGGAGCGCAGUGUCUCCCUUCAGGUUACAGUAUAUCCUCCUUUCUUCAGAUGUUGCAUCCUGAAUGCAAGAACAUCCCUGAGCCAAACCUUCUCCCUGGCCAGCUCUCCCAUGGGGCUGUGGGUGUGAAAGAUGGGAAGGUCCAGUGGAUCUCCAUGGCAUUUGAAUCUACAACCUACAAGGGUAAAUCCUCCUUUCAGACAUAUAAAGAUUACUUGAAAUGGGAAUCAUUCCUCCAACAGCAGCUACUGCCCCUCCCCGCAGACUCGGCACUGAAACAUGGAUUCCAGACCUGCGAGCACUGGAAGCAGAUCUUCAUGGAGAUUAUAGGGGUACAGAGCGCCUUGUACGGUCUCAUCCUGUCCCUAGCCAUCUGUGUGAUUGCUGUGGCUAUCUUCACUACGCAUAUCCUGCUCCUCAUCCCAGUGCUGCUUACAAUAUUAGGUGUUGUGUGUCUAGUGGUGACAAUAAUGUACUGGCUGGGAUGGGAGAUGGGUGCCGUAGAGGCCAUUUCUCUAUCAAUACUUGUUGGCUCUUCGGUGGACUAUUGUGUCCAUUUGGUGGAAGGAUAUCUUCUGGCAGGAGAAAAUCUUCCUAUUCAUCUCAUGGAAGAUCAGUUGGCAUGUCGUCAAUGGAGAGUGACAGAAGCCGUCCGCCACGUUGGUGUAGCCAUCGUGUCCAGUGCGAUUACAACUGUCAUAGCCACCAUUCCUCUCUUCUUUUGCAUUAUCGCCCCUUUUGCCAAGUUUGGAAAGAUUGUGGCUUUAAACACUGGCAUCUCCAUAGUGUACACUUUAGCUGUGAGCACGGCCCUACUGGCUGUCAUGGCGCCUAGUACCUUCGUCAGGACCAGAACUUCUUUCCUUAAAGCAACUCUGGUGGUCAUUCUUUGCUCAGUUGGGAGUGUCCUUGUUUACAUCAUCUUGCUCAAAACAGGGUUAACUAUCCCAAUCCUCAAUGGGACCCCUCCAUAGGGCAAACCUUUUUCUAGAAAUUUUUUGUACAAAUUUUUUGGGCAAGUAUUCUAAAGUGCAAACAGAAGCAGCAACACACUGUGUGUUUUCUUUUACUACAGAAGCACUUUAUUUUUAUUUUUUCUUCUUUCUUUACAUAGAUGAUGCAUACAACAGCAGACGUGGAGUCACUGCAAUGCAGAACCUGGGGGCAAGAACAUGGUCUGGCCCUCCAUGAAGAAUUUUUUUUAAUGCAGAUUCAGCAUUUGUGGCCUUAUUUACUACGAAAGGUCUAGAAAAUGAUUUUAUUCGUCAUCAAUGGUACUCAAAUAGAAAUCUUUCCAGUUCAACACAUGUCCCAAAUGCUAUUUUGAAUUUACCCAGUGUGGACUUUUCCACCCUCCGGAAGGGAUUUCAGUAUUAAAUUCCAUCCAUAAUUGUAAUGGCCGGGUCCUAACACCAACAUGGACAACAUGGACAAAUUCUGCAUAACUAAUUCUUAGAGCCAAUUUACUACAUUGUAUGGUUACAAGUAUUGACUUUUGUAUUAUUAAUCUUGCACAAUACCUUCAUUUUACAAAAAUAAUGCAGCUAUGACUUGGAUAGUUUGUAGGUUAGAGUAAAGAGCAUUUCCCCCAUAAAACAAAAUAACUAAUAAAUAUAGUACCCAAAUUCCACUUAUUUUGGACAUAUGGCCCCCAACAAUUGCUCACAAGGUCCAGAAAACAAACCAAUUUGAAGGUGAUUUUGGAGCUAACCACUUACCACAAGGGUAUGUUUCUUAUAAGAUGAUUCUCAAAUAACUUAUUAGACCUUUCUAAGGUGGAAAUGGACUGUCCAUUCAUGUCCAUUGGUGACCUCAAGGAAGUCCAGAGUGACACCAUUCCCAACAAGCUCCCCUCAAGGGCAAGUCCUCCUUUUUAUAGAGUGAUAUGGGGACUCCAGAUCUGGGACUCCGCUCAAUAACUCGGUUGAUUUACCAUUCAGGGACUGGGUGACAAGCCCUGUGGGAGUUGUAAUAAUGGUCAUAUUACAUGUCACCAGUUUUUCUUAAAGGAACACUAAACCUAGAAAUGAAUGAUAAAGCUAAACAAGAAAUACAGUUGCCCUCACUGUUUGUCUUUCUGCAUUAUCUAAAACAAACUGUCUUGUAGAAGUCAUGCACUGAACACAGGGUUACUGUUUCCAUUGUUUGCUGUUGACUGGCUCAAUGAGGCAGGACUUAGCCUAUGGGUGAGCUUAACAAUAUAACAAUUAUGUCCUACUGCAGAAAGGGAAGAGGGAGGACACGGACGAUCUCUUCGGACACAUGAAGACAUAUAUUUCUCAGUAUUAGUUGUAAUAUGAUACUAAAUGGAAUCAAAGGAAAUGAGGCGAUUAAGGGGAGAGGUGCUGGAAUUUUUACAUUUUUUGUGCAUUUUUUGUGUUUAGUCUUCUUUUAAAGUCCCCAUACACCAAACAUAAUUUUAUUGCACAUUCUAGUUCAAAUUAUUAUUCCAAUCAGUCAGAUUUUUUUUUAAGUCCAAAUACUUUGUGACUUUAACAGUUGUUACUGAUGAAUUGAUCUGCAUCUAUAAACUUUCCAUUUGUAUGUUAAAGGGGUUCUGUGGGACUGCUGAGGGGCCAACGCCCAGCACUUCUGAUGAUCAGCUGAGUGUUCUCUAGUGGCUGUGGUGCAUAUAGCUCUGAACCAUUCACUUGAAUGGGAUAAUGCUAUAGUAAACUGUAGCACCACGCAUAGCUGACACAAAAUAACAUGACAUCAUUUCUUAUAAACAAGAGGACUCCGCACUCACUGAAGACACAGCACAGCUGAUCGUGGGGGCACUGAGAGUCAGACCUCCAUCUAUCUGAUGUUAGUAUUGCUUCUGUCAGCAACGCAAUCAGAGAUUUUAAAAAUUAUGAAAGACUGAACACAAAAGAUAAACCAAAAUUGUCUAACAUUUUAACAUAAUAUGAUUAUCCAGAAACACCUUUUUCCAUGAGAAAUUGUUCAUUCAAUGUAAUAUGUUGGGCAUUUCCACGUGAGUUAUUUAGUUAAAAUGCUUGCCCAAGGGUCUACAUAGCAUAGAGCCAGACCAUACAUCUAUGGGCCCAUGGACAGAGAGGGUCUAUACCUUGUUUUUCACAAACUCUUUGCUAUUAGGUGGCAAUAAGCUGUGCAGGACUACCCUCCCCAGAGGACUACCCUCCCCACUCCUGCUAAAUAACAGGGUAAAGAAUUGUCCCAAGGGGGAAAGCAACCACCUUCAGUCCUGGCUGGCAUAAUCCAACACUAUAAUCUUUGCCACGGUGUCCCCUAUAAUCUACAGUAUGUACAUCAUUGCAAUUACUCAUAAAGACCAAACAGAAUGACCACAAUGACCCAACAGCUUAUACUUACUGGAAAUGUUAAAUUUUAGGGGCAAAUGCUCACCAGAGUCUAAUACUGCUACAUGAAUUGCCUAAAACUACAUUUCUUAUGAGCAAUGGUUAUUUUCUAAGCAGAUGGUUUAGGACUUUUUUUUCUAUUGGCACAUUUAUAGAGUACCAGGCUUGACAUCAGAGAUGGAGACAAGACAGGAUGCCAAGAACAAAGAUUGGCCAGGUGGGACAUUUUGCUAGAAACUUUUUGGAAAAAUCAUGAAGAAGAUGCAUGGAUUCAACAUCCUAACAUUGACUGAUGAUCCAGACUCUUUCUUAUAAAGCACAAUCGUGGCUCUGCUCUAAAUCUUUACUGGGAAAACCAAUAUUGUUUUGAUAAUGAACAGACUGUAGACUCUUCAGUUUGUAAUUUGUUCAAUUAAAG